AAUGAUGGAGUUUCACAAUUCGUGGAGUAUUGUGGGGAUGGCUUAAAUAGGCUGGGUUUUGUCGUUGGGGCUGAGGGAAAUGUAUAUAGUCGUAGUAUUUAUCGAAUAGGGAAUAUCAUAAUAUUUCCGUUUUCCCGUCGUAUCGGGAGUAGAGUUUUUCACAGAAUCUCACUCUCUCGGCCUACGGAACAUCUAGUUCUAAUUCACACCAGGAGAAACUGGAACAGGAAGAGGUAUAUAGAAACAAAUCGAUCGGACAAAUCGAUUGAACGAAAUCCUUCCCUACUCCCCCCCCACCCUCUAUCUAUACAUAUCCCAAAUGCGUCUCUCUAGCCUUUUUCUCCUGCUCCCUGCGUUCGCUCUCGGGGGCUGUGAGCGCAUCACCCUCGACGGCGAAGACCACGACGACACCGAUCAGGGAGCUAUCCGCUGGCAUCGGUGUCCGGAACCAUCUUCCCCCGACGCACUCGUCAUCCCAGCCGUUGUGUCCUCCGAGAGGGAGCGGAACCCUGACGGAACGAAGCUUGCUCUGUUCCAGUGCUGGGAAUUCAAAUAUGCGGUCCCGUCCGUACCCGGUUUGGAGACGGCCAGUCUGAUCCCAUGGGGUAACUUUGCCGAAAGCUUUCAGUUCGAUAUCAAGGGUGCAUAUCACCAGCCACCGCACUCACCACCAGCUGUCUCAUUGAUUGUUUUCACUUCUGGUGAAGGUGUUAUCUCCCCCCCCUCCCCAUCUGCUUUCAUCUUCUUAUCUCCUUAGGCUAUUGUGCUUGCGCGCUUGGUUUCCGCAAGUAUGUACUGAUGCUAAUUUCCUCAAAGGCACCAUGACCAUUCCAGGCACUGGACAAAAGUGGCGGGGAAGGGGUGGGGAUAUCCUCAUCGCCGCGGAUACGGACGGGUCUCAUGAGAUGGAUUGGAAGGCGGGAACUAGGGUUGUUGAUUUCUCCUUCUCGGACCUGGAAGCUAUCCCUGCGCAUGAGGUUGUUCCGGCUCGGGGGGCUUGAGCUGCAUAAUGAUAUUUCACUGUUAUGCUUAUGUGUGCGUGUGUGCGUGCGUGUAUAUCACUGGUGCAUUACAACCUGGGCUUCUGCCCUUUCUAGACUCCUACCGUGUUGGCGUAGGCACCCUGUACUCGUAUAAUACAACACAUGCUAGGCUCGGGGGUCCCAACAGUCGAGAGUGAAAAAAUAGAAAAUCAAUUUCACUGGUUUUC